AUGGAAUACUACGAACUUCUCAAUCCUAUUCCCAUAUCCCUACCUAGUCUAUCCCCAAUAACCCCAUCUAGCAUCGAACCUCUACCCCUUGAAGCUUAUAUCAACCUUGACGACAUCCUUUCCCCAGUCCCCUGCACGAACCUUCUAGAAGUUUUAACCACAUCCCGGGGGAAGCCCAUGAUUGUUCACGAAGACAACCUAUUUCAGCAACGAUCGGAGCUGAAAAACAACAUUAGUUACAGAUCUAAAGAACCAGAACCAGAACCAGAACCAGAACCAGAACCAGAACCAGAACCAGAACCAGAACCAGAACCAGAACCAGAACCAGAACCAGAACCAGAACCAGAACCAGAACCAGAACCAGAACCAGAAGCCACGGAGGGGGAGAACCAGGACCACCAGGAGGGGGAGAACCAGGACCACCAGCAGGGGGAGAACCAGGACCACCAGGAGGGGGAGAACCGGGACCACCAGGAGGGGGAGAACCAGGACCACCAGGAGAGGGAGAACCGGGACCACCAGGAGGGGGAGAACCAGGACCACCAGGAGAGGGAGAACCAGGACCACCAGGAGGGAGAGAACCGGGACCGCCAGGAGGGGGAGAACCAGGACCACCAGGAGGGGGAGAACCGGGACCACCAGGAGGGGGAGAACCAGGACCACCAGGAGAGGGAGAACCGGGACCACCAGGAGGGGGAGAACCAGGACCACCAGGAGAGGGAGAACCGGGACCACCAGGAGGGGGAGAACCAGGACCACCAGGAGGGGGAGAACCAGGACCACCAGGAGGGGGAGAACCGGGACCACCAGGAGGGGGAGAACCGGGACCACCAGGAGGGGGAGAACCAGGACCACCAGGAGAGGGAGAACCAGGACCACCAGGAGGGGGAGAACCGGGACCACCAGGAGGGGGAGAACCGGGACCACCAGGAGGGGGAGAACCAGGACCACCAGGAGGGGGAGAAGACCACCAGGAGGGGGAGAACCAGGACCACCAGGAGGACCACCAGGAGGGGGAGAACCGGGACCACCAGGAGGGGGAGAACCAGGACCACCAAGAGGGGGAGAACCGGGACCACCAGGAGGGGGAGAAGACCACCAGGAGAGGGAGAACCAGGACCACCAGCAGGGGGAGAACCAGGACCACCAGAGAGGGAGAACCAGGACCACCAGGAGGGGGAGAACCGGGACCGCCAGGAGAGGGAGAGAACCAGGACCACCAGGAGGGGGAGAACCAGGACCACUAGGAGGGGGAGAAGACCACCAGGAGAGGGAGAACCAGGACCACCAGGAGGACCACCAGGAGGGGGAGAACCGGGACCGCCAGGAGGGGGAGAACCAGGACCACCAAGAGGGGGAGAACCGGGACCACCAGGAGAGGGAGAACCAGGAUCACCAGGAGGGGGAGAACCAGGACCACCAGCAGGGGGAGAACCAGGACCACCAGGAGGGGGAGAACCGGGACCACCAGGAGGGAGAGAACCAGGACCACCAGGAGAGGGAGAACCGGGACCACCAGGAGAGGGAGAACCAGGACCACCAGGAGGGGGAGAACCGGGACCACCAGGAGGGGGAGAACCAGGACCACCAGGAGAGGGAGAACCGGGACCACCAGGAGGGGGAGAACCAGGACCACCAGGAGGGGGAGAACCAGGACCACCAGGAGAGGGAGAACCAGGACCACCAGGAGAGGGAGAACCAGGACCACCAGGAGAGGGAGAACCAGGACCACUAGGAGGGGGAGAACCGGGACCACCAGGAGGGGGAGAACCGGGACCACCAGGAGGGGGAGAACCGGGACCACCAGGAGAGGGAGAACCGGGACCACCAGGAGAGGGAGAACCAGGACCACCAGGAGGGGGAGAACCGGGACCACCAGGAGGGGGAGAACCAGGACCACCAGGAGAGGGAGAACCGGGACCACCAGGAGGGGGAGAACCAGGACCACCAGGAGGGGGAGAACCAGGACCACCAGGAGAGGGAGAACCAGGACCACCAGGAGAGGGAGAACCAGGACCACCAGGAGAGGGAGAACCGGGACCACCAGGAGGGAGAGAACCAGGACCACCAGGAGGGAGAGAACCAGGACCACCAGGAGAGGGAGAACCGGGACCACCAGGAGAGGGAGAACCAGGACCACCAGGAGGGGGAGAACCAGGACCACCAGGAGGGGGAGAACCAGGACCACCAGGAGAGGGAGAACCGGGACCGCCAGGAGAGGGAGAACCAGGACCACUAGGAGGGGGAGAACCGGGACCACCAGGAGGGGGAGAACCGGGACCACCAGGAGGGGGAGAACCGGGACCACCAGGAGGGGGAGAACCGGGACCACCAGGAGAGGGAGAACCAGGAUCACCAGGAGGGGGAGAACCAGGACCACCAGGAGGGGGAGAACCAGGAUCACCAGGAGGGGGAGAACCAGGAUCACCAGGAGGGGGAGAACCAGGACCACCAGGAGGGGGAGAACCAGGAUCACCAGGAGGGGGAGAACCAGGACCACCAGGAGGGGGAGAACCAGGAUCACCAGGAGGGGGAGAACCAGGACCACCAGGAGGGGGAGAACCAGGACCACCAGGAGGGGGAGAACCAGGACCACCAGGAGGGGGAGAACCAGGACCACCAGGAGGGGGAGAACCAGGACCACCAGGAGGGGGAGAACCAGGACCACCAGGAGGGGGAGAACCAGGACCACCAGGAGGGGGAGAACCAGGACCACCAGGAGGGGGAGAACCAGGACCACCAGCAGGGGGAGAACCAGGACCACCAGGAGGGGGAGAACCAGGACCACCAGCAGGGGGAGAACCAGGACCACCAGGAGGGGGAGAACCGGGUGGUCCUAGUACCGUCGUGGCGGUUAAAGCAACUCAUCCAGGCGAUAGUGUAGAAACAGUUGAUAAUUCUGCAGAAUUCUUCACUCCAGCUAGAGAGAGAUCGGCCGCUAGAAGAUCAUCGAGUCCGGUUGUUGGUGAAGGAACGGUGGGUCAUAGCAGUUCUAUGUCAUAUGAUACAGUGGGGCACGACAUUGACACAACAGGAUCGCUUUCUCCUGUGGAUCUAAGAAGACAGAGCCCUCCGAGGGAGGAGCGCAGAUAUAACACUAGGAGACCUGAGGAACGGAGACAACCUGAUCGUCUAGGAUACAACGUUAGACUAGUUACGGAUCUUAUAAAACUCUUCAACCAGUAG